AUGGAAGAGCUAAAGAACUAUGGGCAUCAACAUCCACUGUUGAUGUUAAAUCAAGAGCAGUUGCUUGGCAAUGGCAAUGGAGUUGUUGAUUGCUCAAGGUGUGGGGAGAAGGUCUCAGCUCCAUGUUUUGGCUGUGUGGACUGCUGUGGGUUUUACCUCCACAAGACAUGUGCCGAGGCACCUUUGGAGCUUAAUCAUCCUUUUCAUCGCCACCAUCCUCUCCUGCUUCUGCAGAAUCCACCUUACACUUCUUACACAUGGUGCGUUUGCGAUUUCUGUAACGAAGCAUGUGAGAAAUUCAUUUACCAUUGCUCUUGUGGCUUGGACUUUCAUAUUAAAUGUGCUUUGUUUACAUUUAAUAUUGCUGAAAGAAAUUUGAAAGAGCUUGAGCAUGUUGCCCUUGAGGAUCCAUCGUUUUCCUCUAAAAACGAUGGUGGAAACCUGGGUAAGUGCUUUGCGUGCUGGGAACCAUUAGCAAUGUAUACAUACUUCUCUGUUGGUUGUGGGUUUAAUUUGCAUAAGAAGUGUGCUGAGCUUCCUCUCAAAAUGGAUCAUUUGUGUCAUCGCAAACAUCCUCUUGUUCUGCAAUUUAAUAGUGAACGGCUCUCUUGCAAGACAUGCCAAGUAACUCAACAAAGAGGAUUUCUGUAUGGUUGUUCAGCUUGUAAGUUGGCGAUUCACAUUGAUUGUGCAUCGCCAUUAUCAGUUAUUGAAGAUAAAAGUCAUCCACACCCAUUCACCUUGUUUUGGAGACGAAUUCCAUUCGUUUGUGAUGCUUGUGGCACUGAAGGACAUCAUGUUGCAUAUACAUGUGGUACGUGCGGUAUUAUGGUCCAUAAAAAAUGCAUUUCAUUGCCACGCAUUAUCGGACAGAUUUGUCAUAUCCAUCGUCUUUUUCACAAGUAUUUCAUUGAUAAGGAAUAUUUUGAAAGUUUGAAUUGCUUAUGGUGUCAUGAAGCUGUUGAUACAGACUACGGUAGUUACUUCUGUGCAGAUUGCAAUGUUAUAUUCCAUGUGAAUUGUGCAUUGAAAGAAAAGGAGUGGUAUUGCAUAGUAUCACAGGAAAAUGAAGAUGACAAGUCUCAUGAUAUACCUGUUAACUCCAUCACUAAGGUUCUUGAGACGAAUGAUGCUGGAGAAGCCACAGUAAUAGAACAUUGCGAGCAUAAGCACUACUUGAUGUUAAGUGACAAAAUGAGAGAGCAUGGUGAUAAAUGUUGUGAUGCGUGCUUGUUAUUGAUCUCCGCUAAGUUCUACCAUUGCUUGCGGUGUGAUUUCUUUCUUCAUAAAUCUUGUGCUGAAUUACCUAAGAAGAAGCUUUUUCUGAAACAUGGUUGUGAUGAAGAACAGUUUUCUGGACCAAAACCCUGCAUCCUUACUUCAGACUGCAUGUUCAAUUGUGGUCUAUGCAGGUACCUUUCUAAUGGAUUUUCUUAUAAAUGUAAUGAAUGUGGAAGUCACGUGUGCCUUCGAUGUCUUGAUCUAUUGCUCCAAGAUGCUGUAAAAAUUCCAGGGCAUAAACACCCUCUUCUUCUCUAUUUUGAUUAUGAGGGGCAGUGUGGUGCUUGUGGGAGGGAUUUCUUUUUCGCGUUUCGUUGUAAAGAUUGCAAUUUUCAGUUAUGCAAGUUGUGUGUUAUACAACCAACUAGAGUUAGACACAAAUGCGAUGAACAUAUUCUUGCACUCACUUAUGACAAGGUUAAUGAUUAUGCAAAAUAUCAUUAUUGUGACGUUUGUGAGAAAGAAAGGGAUCCAAGGCACUGGUUUUACCAUUGUGAAACUUGUGACACUUCUGUUCACGUGGAUUGCGUUCUUGGAAAAUAUUCAUUCAUCAAAUUCGGGGGCACCUACAGUGUGACAAUCCAUGAACACCCUCUCACUUUUGUCAAGAAGAUUCAUUACUAUCCUGAAUGUGUUACAUGUGGUAAGCCUUGUGAAGAUCUUUCUCUUGAAUGUGCAGAACCAGGAUGUAACUAUAUUGUUCAUUACGACUGCUGA